AUGGAACUGGACGACUUUGAUCCUGAAGACAAAGAGAUACUGAGCUGGGAUAUAAAUGACAUGAAACUACCACAGAACGUGAAAAGGACUGACUGGUUCCAGGAGUGGCCGGACUCCUACGUGAAACACAUCUACAGCUCAGAGGACAGGAAUGCCCAGCGCCACCUGAGCAGCUGGGCCAUGCGGAACACCAACAACCACAAUUCCCGCAUCCUCAAGAAGUCGUGUCUGGGCGUGGUGGUGUGCAGCCGGGAUUGCUCCACCGAGGAGGGCCGCAAGAUCUACCUGAGACCCGCCAUCUGCGACAAAGCCAGGCAGAAGCAGCAGAGGAAGUGCUGUCCCAACUGCAAUGGUCCUCUGAAGCUCAUUCCCUGCCGCGGCCACGGAGGCUUUCCCGUCACCAACUUCUGGAGGCACGACGGUCGCUUCAUAUUUUUCCAGUCAAAAGGAGAACACGACCAUCCCAAGCCAGAGACCAAGCUAGAAGCAGAGGCAAGAAGAGCAAUGAAGAAGGUGCACAUGGCAUCCACGUCUGGCUCCUUGAGGAUGAAGGGGAGCCCGGAAACUAAGGCUCUUCCCGGUGAAAUACCAAGUCAGGGAAGUUUACCUUUAACUUGGUCAUUCCAGGAAGGCGUCCAACUGCCCAGCAGUUACAGUACAUCUUUAAUAGCUAACACUCCCCAGCAGAACUCCCUGAAUGAUUGCCUAUCCUUCCCCAAGAGCUACAAUUUGGGGGGAACCACUGAGCUGGAAGAUCCAGCUUCCACCUUGGACCCCACUCCACUCUAUGAGAAGUACAAAUUCCCCAGCAGUAGGAUCUAUGGCAGUGAAGAUCAGCUUCAGUCUGCUGUCCCUGGGGUUUACACGGAUUACGACGAUCUGCAAGCCUGGAAUAAAAAUGCUACCUUAGGGAGAAAUCCCAGCGAUGACGCGUGCUAUCCCAGCUAUCCUCUGCCUGUGACCAGCUGGCCCUGCGACUUCUUCCCCUCCCAGAGCUCUCUGGAGCCCUUUCCCCAACAGACUCCACUGGAAGCAGCUGCAGUGCAAACCGCUUGCCAUCCGCUGUGGUCCAACCCAAGCGGCGAACCUUACGAAGAGAAAGUACCUAUGGAAUUCAGCGGCUACGCACCCUCCCUCACGUACCACUCCCCUCAGCAGGACCCCUUCCUGCUCACCUAUGGCUCUCAGCCUCAGCAGCAAUACUCACUGCCCAGCAAGAGCAACAAGUGGGAUUUUGAUGAAGAGAUGGCAUGCACGGGCUUGGAUCACUUCAACAGCGAAAUGUUUCUCAACCUCUGCCCUUUAAGAUGA